UACGCAGACAAAAGUGACGUUGUAACUAUGCAACGUCAAUGAAUGAAGUUGUACUCCUGUUUCUGUGUCUAUAAUGUAGUGUAUCAUUAAAUUAUGUCUUCAACCAUAUAGAGAAACUGCAACAUGACUUCUAUAGACCAUAAAAGGUCAUUACAGUUAGAAUUAGGAAGUGUAUCUAGAUCUACCAGUACAGAUACUUUGGCGCCUAGCAGCGAUACAGAUGAUGAUUUGGAACAAUCGCAACUUCUACACAAGCCAAUCCCACCUGCUUGCGAGAAGCCUGAGCUACCUAGACCGUUUCAAGGUCACUCGUCUAGUUCAAAAGAUAAAGACACAAGAGCACAGGGGUCCGUAACUGAACACAAUUUAACAACCUUAAAUCAUAACGGAGAAAUGGCCGAACACACAUGGUACCCGAACGAACUGAAGACAAAGGCUGAUGAAUCAUGCUUCAACAUGGGCUUACUACUAGACUUGGUAACCAGGGCAGAAGAUCUAGACAAGUUGUUGUUGGCCGAGCCUUCUGUCACUGGAAAUACGAUUGCUUUCACCAAUCAAUGCGUCUCGAUACCAAGUAGCAGUCAAAGUCAACUCUCCUCUGUGUAUAGUAACGUUGAUGCAGAGAAGGUUCGCAAGAAAAAGAAAAAGAAGGAAAGAGAAAGUAAGAAAAGCGAAAAAGCAGAGAAGGCAGAACAGAAACAACUUGAAGAAGAAAGAAUGAUGAAAGAAAUAUCAAGAAACAGGUCCAUGUUUAACCGAAAUAAAAGCACGUUGCCAGCAAUCGGCAUGAAGUGUGAGGAGGCAAACACUUACAAUGACAAAUUACCAGAAGUUGAAACACAUGAGUUUACAAAGGAUGAUUUGCGAGACAAUAACAUAAUUGACGUAAUUAGAAAACAUGAGACAAGAGUCAGGGAAGCAACUCAUUUGAGGGAAAUUAGUCAAAACUUUAUCAUUGCAAGCGCUGGUGUGAUGGAACCAAAGUACCAGAACGAGGUCAUUGACAUUAUCGAAAAGCAUGAAUACGAAAAUUCUAGAAUUUAUGGCAGGUUACAUGGGAAUUACACAAUCGGAGGUCAGAGAGCUGCAAGAGAUUGUGAACCAACGUCUGCACGAUCUACAUGCUCAUUGCCAGCGUCGAGACGCGGAGCAGCUUAAAUCAUUUUAUUAUUUUAUUCAAAUGCUAGUUCAUUGUUUUUUGUUCGUCCAUUUAUUUCUGAUUGUUAAAACACUGAUAACAAUGAGGGUAAACAGUGUAAUACUUAACGAGUGCUUUAACAAUAAAAUGUUAAAGUUA